AUGAAUAACUGUAUCCUGCUGGAAGAACAACUGAUCAAAAAAUCCCAACAAAAGAGAAGGACUUCUCCUUCUAACUUCAAAGUGCGCUUCUUUGUCUUAACCAAAGCUAACUUGGCAUAUUUUGAAGACCGACAAGGGAAGAAGCGAACUUUGAAGGGUUCCAUUGAACUUUCCAGAAUCAAAUGUGUGGAGAUUGUGAAGAGCGAUAUCAGCAUCCCUUGCCACUAUAAAUAUCCCUUCCAAGUGGUGCAUGAUAAUUAUCUCCUAUAUGUAUUCGCUCCAGAUCGAGAAAGUCGACAGAGAUGGGUGUUGGCCCUUAAAGAAGAAACCAAAAAUAACAACAGUUUGGUGCCAAAGUACCACCCCAAUUUCUGGAUGGAUGGGAGGUGGAGAUGCUGUGCCCAGACUGAAAAGCUUGCAUCUGGCUGUGCUGAAUAUGAUCCAACCAAGAAUGCUUCAAAGAAGCCUCUUCCUCCCACUCCCGAAGACAACCGGAGGUCAUUGAGAGAGCCUGAAGAAAUCCUAGUCAUUGCCCUAUAUGACUACAACACAAAUGAUCCCCAGGAGCUCACCCUACAAAGCAAUGAAGAAUAUUACUUGCUCGACAGUUCAGAGAUCCAUUGGUGGAGAGUCCAAGAUAAGAAUGGGCAUGAAGGAUACGUUCCAAGCAGUUACCUAGUAGAGAAAUCACCAAAUAACCUGGAAACAUAUGAGUGGUACAACAAGAGCAUCAGUCGAGACAAAGCUGAAAAGCUCCUUUUAGAUGAGGGCAAAGAGGGAGCCUUCAUGGUGAGAGACUCCAGGACACCAGGAACAUACACUCUUUCUGUUUUCACCAAAGCCAUCUUAAGUGAGAACAAUCCAUGUAUCAAGCAUUAUCACAUCAAAGAGACCAAUGACCAUCCCAAACGAUACUAUGUGGCUGAAAAAUUUGUGUUCGAUUCCAUCCCCAACCUGAUUAAAUAUCACCAGCACAAUGGAGGAGGUCUUGUUACACGUUUACGAUACCCUGUUUGUUCCUGGAGAAAAAAGGCCCCCAUCACAGCUGGAUUGAGAUAUGGCAAAUGGGUGAUCAAACCCUCAGAACUCACUUUUGUGCAGGAGAUUGGCAGUGGGCAGUUUGGCCUGGUACAUCUCGGCUACUGGCUGGGAAAGAACAAGGUUGCCAUCAAGACCAUUCAGGAAGGGGCCAUGUCAGAAGAGGAUUUCAUAGAGGAGGCUGAAGUCAUGAUGAAACUCUCUCACCCUAAACUGGUCCAGCUCUAUGGGGUCUGUUUGGAGCAGGCUCCUAUCUGCCUGGUGUUUGAGUUCAUGGAACAUGGCUGCCUAUCUGAUUACCUCCGGAACCAACGGGGUCUCUUUUCUGCUGACACCCUCCUGGGCAUGUGCCAGGAUGUGUGUGAGGGAAUGGCCUACUUGGAAGAGGCUUGUGUCAUCCACAGAGACCUGGCCGCACGGAACUGUUUGGUGGGAGAAAACCAAGUCAUCAAAGUGUCAGACUUUGGCAUGACAAGGUUUGUUCUCGACGACCAGUACACAAGCUCUACCGGCACCAAGUUCCCUGUGAAGUGGGCUUCCCCAGAGGUUUUCUCUUUCAGUCGUUAUAGUAGCAAAUCUGACGUGUGGUCAUUUGGAGUUCUAAUGUGGGAAGUCUUCAGUGAGGGAAAAAUCCCUUAUGAAAACAGUAGCAACACCAAAGUGGUGGAGGAUAUCAGCACUGGAUACCGGCUGUAUAAACCUAGACUGUCUUCCCCUCUCAUCUACCAAGUCAUGAAUGAUUGCUGGAAAGAGAAACCAGAAGACAGACCAUCUUUCUCCAGCCUGCUGUGUCAGCUGGCUGAAAUCGCUGAAUCUGCACUUUAA